CUUAAAGCUCGUCUGCGGCUUUAGCACAAGCCAGUCAGUUAGUCACAUACAAACGCUCGUAAACGCAGAUUACAUGAAAUAAGAUUAAAACGAUGGCGUCAGAAACAUAAUACAAGUGCUGACUUUACAACACAGUGAGUCUGAGUUUUUUCGUUUAUGCCGAGAGUUGUCAAGCUGUGCUUUUUACGUCGGGUUAGCGUGCUAGCUCUUACAAUUGUGGUUUGUUUGGCAGAAUUUGGCAGAAGACAAACAAUCAGAUCAGUUUCGUUUAGUUUUGAUCCAUAAUAAAUUGCCAAGCUACGGCUAGAGAUUUUCUAUUACUGUUAUAACUUGACUGAGGUAAUUUCAUGCAUCUAUUUAUAAUAUGCCUUUAUACAAGUGUGUUUUUUUGAAGCUCUCGUUUAUAAAUGUAGCUAGUAAUUAUCUAUAAUGGCCUGUCAGGGUCAUGUAAACCUCAGUUUUACUUCACUUUAAUGUCGUUACCAUCAGAUAUGGCGUAUCGUUAGUGUCACUGGAGGUUGUGAGGCUCAAAUCUCAGUGUGUUGAUAGUUUGAGGCGGUUGACAGCAGGAAAUACACUAUCUGAGUGUCAGUACACACUUUAUACUUGCUUGGGUUACAAGCAAGUGAAUUUAUCGCGUUUGGAGGGGGUAUUCAGCAUGGCUAAGCUUCAGGCGGGUAACGGAGUGCAAUGGAAAGACAACAAGAGUCAGCGGGGCACGGUGGAGAACCUAGCCGAGUACGAGAGCUCUUCUCUGGGCUCAGACUCUGAGCUCAACGGCUUCGGAAACACGGAGAUCCAAACCGACAAAUACGGAUUCAUAGGAGGAGCACAACAGAGCACAGGAGAAAAUGAAGAUAUUCCUCCAGACGUGCUCCGGCAGAGAGAAGCCAAAUGGCUGGAUAUGCUCAACAGUUGGGACAAGUGGAUGGCCAAAAAACACAAGAAGGUAAAGUUGCGCUGUCAGAAGGGCAUCCCUCCAUCACUCAGAAGUCGAGCAUGGCUUUAUCUCUCUGGUGGGAAAGUGAAGAAAGAACAGAAUCUGGGCAAAUUUCAGGAGUUGGACCGUCAGCCUGGAGAUCCGAAAUGGCUGGAUGUGAUAGAAAAAGACCUCCACAGACAGUUUCCAUUUCAUGAAAUGUUUGCUGCCCGAGGAGGCUACGGGCAGCAGGAUCUGUUCCAGGUGCUGAAGGCGUACACCGUGUACAGACCAGAGGAGGGUUACUGUCAGGCUCAAGCUCCUAUAGCCGCAGUGCUGCUCAUGCACAUGCCUGCUGAGGAUGCAUUCUGGGGUCUGGUCCAGAUCUGUGAGAAGUAUCUGCCCGGUUACUACAGCGCAGGCCUGGAGGCAAUUCAGUUAGACGGCGAGAUACUGUUCGCUCUGCUCAAGCGUGUGUCCCCGGUGGCCCACCGGCAUCUGAAGAAACACAAGAUCGACCCUAUCCUUUAUAUGACAGAGUGGUUCAUGUGUGCCUUCUCCAGGACGCUGCCCUGGGCAUCUGUCCUGCGUGUGUGGGACAUGUUCUUCUGUGAGGGAGUGAAGAUCAUCUUCCGUGUGGGUCUGGUGCUGCUGAAGUGCAUGCUGGGAUCUCAGGAGAAGCUGAAGGUGUGUCAGGGCCAAUAUGAGACCAUGGAGUUGCUCAGAUCUAUUGAGCCACGAUACAUGCAGGAGGCUUUCCUAGUGCAAGAGAUCACUGAGUUGGCCAUUUCUGAGCGAGACAUAGAGAAGGAGCAUCUCUCUCAGCUCCGCCGCUGGAAGGAGACUCGCGGAGAGCUGCACUGUAAAUCCCCUCCCAGAAUGCACGGCGCCAAAGCCAUUAUGGCUGCUGAGCCGCCCAGCCGCCAGGACCUCAAACAACACCCCACGAUCAUCGUCGAAGUACCGCCAACCACCGAGAGCAAAGGGAAAAAACCUAAAAAGACCAAAACGGAGAAGAAAAAAGACACCUCGCCACCUCUCAAUCCGUAUCCGUUACCUAAUGACCCAACAUUACCGAGCGACAACCUCUCACCCAGCGAAUCGGAGCACCUGCAGAAAGACACGCCCCUGCAGGGCUCCAAUCAGAGUCUCAGUAGUGCCGAACAAGACACCUACCUGUAAAGCGCUGGACGAGGGACGCCAGUGCUGACCGCUGAAUGUUUACCAUGCAGAAACAUCACCCCUCCCCUCUCUCAGGAUUUGGCAUCAAAGGGGAGAUCACAUGACACGGCUGGACCAAAACGUACUUAUGGGAGUCACAAUCACGUGAAACUACAUCAUGAGGUGUUCAACUGUGUUUACAUGAUUAUAUGCAUAUGUUUGGAAAAGAAAUGAAGGACAAAUAGCCAAAACCAACUCUCAGAUCUCCAAAUGAAGCGUUAAUGAGCUGCGCUGGAUGCAGAUGUUCUCAUGCUGUUUAAACUAGUUAUGAUUCCUGAGGACAUUCAAAUGCU